AUGGGGCAAAACUACCGAGCCCGCGGACGGUUGGGCAGCCACGCAGAUCUUGCUCCGGAUCCAAGCGAAAGCCCCCGGGAUGGGUGCUGGCCGGGAGGGCCAGAGGGGAUGGGCGCGGAGGCCGCGGCCUCCCCCGGCCUCCCCCGCUGGCUCUGGACCCUCGGGAGCCCGCAGCACAUUCCACCAUUCCACCCGCCUGUAUCAGCGGGAGGAUGCGCGCGGUCCCGCAGGCUGUGCGGCGCCUGGAGCCCGGCUUUCCAAGCGGGUCCGUGCGGAGAGGCUUUUCUAGAGAAAUGUGGCGGGAAACCUGCCUGGGAAGCUGAUGCGACCCGCGUGAGCCGCCCUGGGGAAGGCGACCAGCCUUGCCUGGCCUCUUCUGGGACCGGGACCUCCCUGGUCGCGGGCACCUGGCCCCACACCCGGGGUUGCCAGCCGUCCUCCCCACUGAAUCGUCCGGCGGCGGGAGCGCAGCGAGGAAGCCCGGCCGCCCAGGCUCCCAGGGGCCGGAGGCGAGAGCGCGCGAGCCCCAGCCACGCACGGCUGCACGCGGCUGGGGAGCACAUGUGCACACAAACACUGCCACAAGGCGGGGCAGCUUCACGGAGAGAACGACCACCGCCGCUUUGGCCCCUCCCGCCCCGGGAGCCAGAAACAAACUUGCAUAACCCACUGACCUCUUCCAGGGGGAGUAGGGCGGCCAGCCCAGGCACGCACCCCCCUCCACUCUCUGAUCCCGGGGAGGGAGUGGGGGCAGGUACAGAGCCCAAAGAGGAGGUGGGGUGCCCGUCGGGGCCUGCGCGAACCCUCCUCCCGAGGAGCAGCCCCGCCCCCGCGCCCAGCCCCUUCCCCAGUGACAGGCCGGUGGAGCAGGACGCAGCCUCGGCCCCAGAUGGGCAACACGUGUGCUGCGCCGGCCGAGCGCGGAGGACCGCCAGCACCCCAGCGGUCCGCAGGCGGAACGCGCGAGCGAGCUCCGCGAGAAAGCAGAACCUCCGCCUGGGCCCCGACACAGGGCUCGCAGGAGGGCGCGAGGCGGCGGGAGCUGGAGCCCCGGCCGGCUUCCGAGCUCAGCUCCGGAGUCGCGGGAGCCGCUGCCGCCGGGGCCGGGACGCGCGCCAGCGAGCUCUCCCUUCCCAGCCGCAGGACCUCUUUAGCAUAAACUGUCUGAGAGAUCCUCUGGCAGGAGGCUUCCUUUCAAACACGGUGUUUUACAAAUUGAGGAGACCAGAGGAGGAUGCCACGGCUGCUCGCCGGCUCCCAACUUUACAAAAAGUGCCGAGGAGCGGGAGCGCAGAUCGCCAGCCCGCCCAGUGGGUCCGGGGGUCGGGCAGAGGGGUGAGUCUAGCCCUUGCAUCCUGGAGAUCGGGCUACUUACGUUUUUGCCGUGUGGGAGACCUUUCCACGCCUUGUCCUGUGGGCUCCUAA